GCAACACGUUCGAGCAACAUAACGCACGUGUUUGUUUCCAGUGCUUUCAUAAUGACGUUUUCGUCGUUAUCUCGAUCUUGGCACUCUGUGUAUUCGUGUUUUGUAAAUCAGUGUAGUCUAAACUCGUCAAAAUCCAUUAUAAAAAUGGCAAAAUGUACGUUAGCACCACAGAAUUCUGUAGGCUACAAAUUUGAAGGACGUUCCAGUUCAGAUUCCGAAAGCGACGUUCAACCGUCUGAUGAAGAUAAAAAGAAAACGUUUCUGAUCGUUGGUCUAGGUAACUGUGAUCAGCGAGAAACCCGACAUAGCAUUGGAAUGUACAUAUUGGACCGGAUUUCCAGUCACUUCAAACUACGCUGGGAUAGGGACGAUUUCCGGAAAAGUGGAGGCUUUGUUGCUCAGACUAGUCUUACCUCUGGCGUUGACCUCGUUCUACUAAAACCACGGGUUCCCAUGAACAUAAAUGGCACUAGUGUUGCCAAAGCAGCGCGUCACUAUCAGAUUUUGUCCGACAACAUCUACCUGAUCCAUGACGACCUUGACAUUCCCAUUGGAAAGUUUCAGUUGAAGGAAAGUGGCAGUGCAGGCGGACACAAUGGGAUAAAGUCUGUGAUGCACUCGAUGAGAACUAAUAACCUGAAGAGACUGAGAAUUGGAAUAGACCGACCCAGCUCGCAGGAUGAUGUUAUAGAAUAUGUUCUCACCAGAUUCACGUACGAUCAAGAACUGGCUCUGCUGCCAGUCAUCGCAUCAGCUGUCUCAUCUUUGUUUCAGCACAUCGGACAACAGUGCCAAGUAGAACUUGAUGUCAAACUGAAGACAGAUCCAUUAAAAUCACUUCAGUGGAACGGUGUCCGAAUCACAAAAUCACACAGAGAAAAACAGCACAGGUCAAACAAAUGGGACAGAGAUUUAAAGUUUGAAAGACAGAAUGACCGUUUUGAUAAUAGGUCAAAUAAUUCAAGAAAACAUGGGCAUUCGAGAAUGAGUAAAUGGGAGGAUACAGAUGAUUUCCCAAGACAAAGAAGGACUUCUGGAUAUGAUGAUAUUGAAGACUUUCCAAGAAACCGAGGUAAUUCCAGGUCUGAUGAUUUCGAUGGAUUUGAUGAUAUCCCAAGACAAAGGACUUCAAGGGCUGAUAAUUUUGAAGACUUUCCAAGAAACAAGAGAAGUCCUAAGUCUAAUAAAUUUUCUGGAUUUGAUGAUGUCCCGAGACAAAGACGGAUGUCUAAGUACGAUGAUUUGUAUGAAUUUGAAGACUUGUGGGAUGAGGAAGAAAUUUCGGAUUCCCGACAAAAGAAACCCUCGGACACUGAGUGGAGAGAUCUGUCAGUUAAACGUGGAUCAUGAGACAGAGCGUUUCUAGUGCAGCCACAUUUUAAUACAACCUGCACAAAAUACAUUCAGCUUGCUUCCAGUUUAUAAUUCUUAAUGUUAAGAGCUCUGUGUAUGGGGGUGUAUAACCCACAAAUGAGUUAAUGCCAAUUUUGUUUUACCCGUUUUUCAUUUGCAUAUUAAAUUUAGGAUAUCAUUUACAUUAAUAUAUAAUGGGUUAUGCUAAAAGGAAAGGUUACAUGAAAUUAUUUUUGCAGAACUCAUAAAAGAGUUACGCUAAUUUUGCAUUGCCUGUUUUUCUUUUGUUCCUUAAAUUUAGGAUAUCAUUUACAAGAAUACAAUGGGUUGUGCAGAAAGGUAAAGGUGACCUGAAAUUAUUUCUGUAUAACCCAUAAAUGAGUUACAGAUGUUUAAUAAUUCUCGGAGGCAUGAAACAAUGAAGUUGAUUAAGUCAUCUGAUGUAAAAAUAACCGUAAAAGAUUGUAAGAUUAGCAAGUUUCACAAAACACAAGUGGCAUCUGGAAGGUUGAAAUAGUGUUGUUAUAGGCGGGACAUAGGAUCGAUCCCAGUCAGUGGGACUUUUGGGUUAUUUCUCAUUCAGCCAGUGCACCACAACUUGUAUAUCAAAGGUUGUGGUAUGUGCUGUCCCGUGUUUGGGAUGGUGCAUAUAUAUAUAUGG